AUGCGCCGAACACAAACUGUUGAGACCCUGGGUUUUCCCGUUCUGACGGGCGGCGCGGAGCUGGGUGCGAGGCUCUGGCGGUACCGAGCGCUGCCGCCGUGCCCGUCACGUUCCGGGCCCCGGAGCGGAUCGCUCCCGCUCGGCCCGGGGACCGAGGGGCACCAAGGCUGGAACAGGCGGGGACCGAGCGGGGAUCGAGGGGGGGAACGAGACGGGACCGAAGGAGGGAGCGAGGCCCGGCCGGCUCCGCCGCCCCCGGGCCGGCCCCGCCCCGCCUGUCGGGUGCCGCGGUUGCCCGUCAUCUGGUGCAAGGCCUCAGGCCUGCUUCCUUCUAAGUUCCUGAAGGAGAAGUUUCUCAAUGUGAAGGAGGUGGCCAGCACUGGGGCGAGUUUUCUGCCCAAAAUUGGCCCAUUUCGACACAUGAGUGAGACUUGUCAAAAGUUGUUGCCAGUUGCCCCGAUAGAGAGCUUGCUCCAAGUUUCCCCACCAGAGAUGGUAUUUCAGAAAUUCGUCGCUCAUGAGGUCUCGGAAAUGGUUCUGUCUCUCACAAACAAGGACAAGUUUACUCGGCUGGUGAAGGUCUACAUGGAGAGAUCACCUUAUUUUGAGCUGUUGUGCCCCAAUGAUGCAUACCACAUCAUCCCACCAGGCACAUCUUCCCAUGUGCGCAUCCGCUUCACCCCCGACGAGACCAAGGAUUAUUCCCACGAACUCAUCUGUCUCACUGCAAGGGACAGGAUAGUUGUGCCUAUUCAGGCCAUUGCUGCCCAAGCUAUCCUGGACUUCCCUGACCAGCUGGACUUCUCAGAGUGCCCAGUCAAGUACAGCAGCCAGAAGACUCUGCUGGUUCGCAAUGUUGGUAACGUGGAAGCUCAUUACCAGCUGAGCACCCAGAGUCCUUUCUGCGUGGUUCCAGACAGGGGAACUCUGGCCGCUGGUGACACCAUGCAGGUGACAGUGGGAUUUCACCCGCUGACGGUCGGUGACCAUUCCGGGUCCCUGGUAGUGUGCUGCAACACAGGUGAAAAAGGUAUCUGCACAAACCUUCACGGAGAAGCUGUAGAUGUCAACGUUGGGUUGAGCGCCAAUUCCGUGAAGGUUGAGAACACUUUCAUCACCACAUCAAACUACACAACCGUGCUCAUCGAAAACAGGAGUAACAUCACAGCCCACUUCCAGUGGAAGACUUUUCCUACUGAGGAAGAUGAGAAUAAACUGAAGAGAAGGCAGUGCUAUUUUCUGCAGCCACUGACAGAGGUAUCGCUGGAAAACUUCAUUGAGGAGAAGAAUAUAGAGCAGGAGAAGGGCUAUUGUGAAGAUAACACUGCCCUUGUGAGCCACACAGUCCAGGAGGAGAUGGCAAAGGUGCAAGAAGACCCCAUGCUGUUCUCCGAUGACAUUUUUUCCAUUGAACCAGUGGAGGGAGAAAUUGGGCCGAACUGUUGCACCAAAAUCAAGGUGACCUUUAAACCUGUAGAAGCACUGGAGUAUCGAAGUGUGGCUUACUGCAACAUCUCAGGCCGAGAGAGCAGGCUGCCCCUGCACCUCAUAGGGGAAGGCCAAGGACCCUUCGUUGAACUCAGCUCUCAUACACUGAACCUUGGGAACAUUUUUGUCAACACCCCCUACGUCUAUGAGGUGAAACUGAUUAACCAAGCACCUAUUGAUGCUCCCUUCACCUAUAUCUGUACAACUGCAAACGUGGGCUACUGCUUCAAGUUUGCACCUGAGGAGGGCAUCAUUGCACCAGGUGGGAUCCAGACCAUCCAGAUCUCCUUCAAUGCCACCGUACUGGGGAGGUUUGAGGAAGAAUUCCAGUUCAGUGUGGCUGGAUCUCCUACGCCUGCAAUCCUGACAAUCAAGGGACAUGUCUGUGAACCGACUGUACACUUCAACGUCGAUGAGCUCGACUUCGGUGACAUUUCCUUUGGCUUUCCCUACACCAUGACCUGUUGCCUCACUAACCCCUCCCCAGCAUCCCUGAGGUUCAAGCUCCGCAUGUCUGACGAUGGCACUCAGCCUGCUGGAAUUCAUUUUUAUGUGGAGCCAAGGGAGUUUACAAUGAAUCCCAGCCAAGGGACCAUCGCUCCCCAGGGACACCAGGAUAUCAAGGUGACCCUGUGUUCCAACACCGUGAUGGAUUUCUGCCGGAGAAUGCUGGUGGACCUGGAGGGUAUUGGCAAUGGAGUGGCAUCAGUGACCAUCAUGGCCAGAUGUCUCGUUCCUGAGCUGCGAGUGUACCCUCACGUCCUGCUGUACGACGAGUGCCGCCUCAAGGUGCCCUACGAGAGGAAGUUCCUCGUUGUGAAUAACACCGACCUUCCUGGCUGCUACGGGCUUAUUCCCCAGAAACGCAAGGAGGACACUCCUGUGUUCUACUCCAGCCCCAAACCCUGUGGGAUUGUCCAGCCUCACAGCAUUGCAGAGAUUCCAGUUACAAUCGAAGUCCAAACAUUGGGCGAGCAUCGCACCAGUGUUCUUAUCAGCGUGUUUGGGGAUGAGAGAAACCCACGGGCCUGCAAUCCCCACUGCUAUGUCAUUGAACCCAGAGAAGGAGUGAUCCCCGCUACGGGUGAUAUUCCUGUGACCAUCACAGCAACGUUGGAUGACACUGGGAUUUUUGCUGACACUAUUCAGCUUUUCAUUGGGAACAGCCUUUGGACCACCUUCAUGUUGCUGGCUGUGGGCACCGGCACCACAAUUGUCAUGGACAAACCAUUCGUCCCAGAGCUCAGCUUGGGACACCAGUUCAGGCUCGUUCCCUGUAUUUGUCGGUUCAAAGUAACAAACAGGGGCCACCAUUUCCAUCGGCUCUUCUGGAGUGUGGAAUGUCACAGCCCCCCUAAGAAGAAGGGCCAGAGCAUCCCAGCCCUCAGCAGCCCCCUGGCCGAAGAUGAUUGCCAGAGCCCCAAAGGCACCAGCCCCGUGUUUGGGCUGGAGCCACUGUCGAUGGAGCUGCAGCCGGGCGAGUCUGUGGACAUGGUGCUGCGAGGCUUCUCCCCCAUCGAGCAGUCAGCAAAGAAGGGCAGAGAAAUAACUUACACCAGCAGGACAGAGAAGAUAAUAGAAACAACCAUUACCUGCAAGUUUAUUGAUCCCUCCAUAGAAAUAUCAGCCAGACAAUUCUCUUUCUGGGUGGAGAAGAAACCCAGUGAUGAUGUCCUGACUCUGCAGUACAAGCCUUUGGCUUUAAAGAACACCUGCUUGUUGCCACUCGACCUUAUGCUGGACUUGGAGCAGCCGUUUCUGCUCUGCGAUGCGGACCAGCAGCCCCUCCCGGAUGGCCAGCCUGUGACAGUGGAUGUAGGACAGACCUGUCAUCUCUACAUUGCAUUUGACCCAUCUUAUAAACUGGAUUUUCAUAGCUGGAAGGAAGAGAAGGUUCUGAAGAUAAACAUGGUCAACGGCCAUCCUUAUGUGGAGUGUAUCACCCUUCAAGGAGAAGUCCACUUCCCCAAUCUCCAAAUCCAGCCCAGCACCCUGGAGUUUGGCUGCAUCCUGGCUGGCACUGCAGAAGGGCGUUCUCUGGAGAUAACCAACUGCAGCCCACGGCCUGUCCAGUACCACUGGUCAUUCCAUUCAGACAGCCAGGUGAACAGGCUGAGGUCCCUGUUCAUAGUUACAUUAUUUUCCAGGCAUGAGCGUUGCCCACCUAAGUUCAAACCCCAACCACCAAAGGAGAAGAGAACCUGCUUGGAUUACUCGGCAUCUCAAAGGAGACGCUUCAAGAUUAGAAAUGGGGAGGACCCAGCCACAGCCCUCAGAGAAUCGCACCUCCAGCUACAGCUGCAGUUUGCUCCAAGGUGCUCUUCUGCAUCCAUUUCCACACUGAACAUCUCAAUCGUUCCUGUCCUCCAGGUUUUCAGUGUCCUGCCGCAGUCGGGUGUGCUGCAGCCAGGAGAGAGACAGAAGGUCUCCUUCAGCUUCUUUGGCCACCUCAACACCAUCGCCAGUGUCACGGCGCUGUGCCAUGUAGAGGGAGGCCCCACCUACGAGGUGGAGCUGACCGGGGAGGCCUCAUGCAUCAGCUACUCCCUGAGCCUCCAGGAGAUCAACUGCGGCUUUCAGAUAUUUAAUGAAAUUCGUCACAGCACAGUCACCCUGGCGAACACUGGCAAGAUUAAAUUCAACUGGGUGCUAAAUCCUAGCACUGCAGAGCAACAUCUGCCUGGCGUGUUUCUGGUCAUCCCCCCCACUGGCUCCGUUGCACCUGGUGAGAAGCAAGUGCUGAAAUUCUCUUACAUGCCAGGAGUACCAGGAGCCUUCAGCAGGACUUUCCAGCUUAAAGUGGGUGACCUGGACCCAGAAAAUAUCUGCCUGAAAGGAGAAGCAUUCUUUCCUGUGAUCAGUGUGAACCUGCCCUGGAACAUCGAAGGAAAUGAAAAAUAUGAGAAGCUCAUAAAACCCCUGCAACAAUUCAGUCAGAGGAAUCAAUCAGUUGUUCAGAAGACUCAGAGUCCGAAGACUAAGGCCUUGAAGUUUCAGACUCCAAAGACUCAGACCCUGAAGACUCAGAACCUGAAGCCCCACGCACCUGGCUUUGGCACUGUACCAAACACUGAGCUGCAGAUAGAGACGGUGAUGAUGCUGAUAGAGGAGGCUGCCCUGGAGCUGCAGGAAAAGCUCCCAUCCCAUCCCCCAAACAGCAGGUUCCCUGACAAAAAGAUGCGCCAGAGUCUUGUCAAAGCUGGGAAUAGCCUGGACUUCAGACAGGAUGUGGUCCUGGUGGCUGUGACACUCUCCAUAGUUGAGCUGCCUGAAUAUGUGCUGGACAUGGGCACUGUACGUAAGGGUUACACUGAGAGACGCACUCUGGUGAUCACCAACCCUGGGCAGAUCCCAGUGUCCUUCCAGGUCGAUGUAUCUGCCCUGCAGGACACAGGUUUCAGAGUGAAUCUGGACCAGAUGCAGGGUCUGCCUCACAGACACACCAUAAUGUUUGAGGUGUGCUUUGAAAGCACCCGCCGGCCAUGGGGUGAUGUGGAUGUGCUGCUGCCCAUAGAGGUGGCAAAAGGCCCCACGUAUAACAUCCACCUCCAUGCCACUGUGUUGGGACUGUCGCUCAACCUCUCCAAGAACAUGCUGCAGUUCUCUGAUACCCUCGUUGGGCAGUGCCAGAUUGAGACAGUCCAGCUCUACAACUGGUUCCAAAUACCCUGCAAGUGGUUCAUUACUGCCAUCAAGCCUGUCAGGAAGGACAAUCAACGCAAACGCAUUACACCAGCCAUGCGUCAGAAGCAGCAGGUGCUGGAGGAUGAGCCCUGUCCCUUUGAAGUGACGCCCUCCAAAGGAACCCUCAAUCCAGGAAGGUGGCAGAACUUACAAAUCCAGUUUACACCCAAGCAGGAGAGGUCUUACAAGAAUGAGCUGAAGCUUAACAUUUGUGGAAGCAGCAAUCACUUAAAGCUGCACCUCUCAGGACAAGGUCUAGAGCCACGGUUGGAGUUCAGCCCCCCAGCACUCAAGAUGGGAUGGGUGCUGGUGGACAGUGAUGGGGUGGAUGCCACAGUGGUGGUGAAGAACCCAUGCAACUUCCCUGUUGAGUUUUACUCACUGGAUUUUGAUGAGCAGUACCUUGAGGAAGAGAAGAUCCUGUGGAUGGCAGCGGGGUCUGAGUACCAAAAGAACUUUCUAAUGCCUCCACGCACCGUGGGUGGGAUGCUGCCCCCAGAAGUGCUGGAGGACUGUGAAGCACAGAAGAGGCCGAAGGCUCAACAGGCAGAGCUCAAGGCCAUGGCAGAGGCCAAGGACAUGGCUGAGGCCAUAGACAAGGCAGCACCAGCAUAUCAUGGGGCUGUCACACCCUCUCCUGAGCCCAUGGUGGAAGUGACUGGGAGCCCUAUCUCUCAGGCUGUCAUGCGCCACCUGGGCAUCGACCCAUCUUCAGAGAGUUGUGAAGCACAGCAGGACAGAGGGAUUGUUGUUAUUGUCCAUGGGCCACCCCGGGCAGGUUCUUCCAAGGCCUGUCCCUGUAAUGCCUCGUAUGCAAGUGUCACCAAGCAGUCCUCCUCUCUCUCAGGAAAGACAGAGAUAGUGGCGGCCCUGUGUCACUAUUAUGACACUGCUCACUUGUCCAUUGACACCAUGGUGAAAGAGGCCAUCGCCAAUGAUCAGAGCCAAGCAGGGCGCCGCGCCCGGGAGCUUUGCACCAAGGCUGCCAUGGAGCUGAAAGGCGAAGACCAAGAUGAUGCUGGUAAGGAGAAAUGCUGGACCCAGAGUAAAAAGCUUACUGCUCGGACCAAGAAUAAACAAGCCUCUGGAGAAAAAAUCAUCAAGAAAAAUGCCAAAGGCAAGAACAUUCCAGCACAAAAGAAAAAGGAGCCAGCCAGCAAAUCCAACAAAAAGCUGAACAUCAUCAGCAGUCAUGGGGAAAAGCUGAACUGCUUGAGCUGUGUGCUGCCCGAGGACCUGCUGGUGGACAUCCUAUGUGAGAGGCUGAAGCAUGAAGACUGCUCCAAGGGAGUGGUCUUUGAUGGCUUGGAGAGCCUCUUCACAAGCAGCCUGGAAUCUUCUCUGCUCUGUGUACUCAAAGCUGUUAACAAUCAUCAUCAUAUCUACAUAGUGAACCUGCAUCAGGAUUGUGCUUCUUGGAUAACCAAGGAGGAAGAUGAAAGAAAAUUGCAGCAGACAAAAGCUUUUCAGAGGAACAUGCAACGUAUCUUGAAAAUGGAUGAGGAUGAGUAUUAUGCCCUCCCUGAGGAGAAGCAAGCUCUAGUGGAUAAAAUAAUACAGGGAAGAAAGCAUCUACGGAGGGAGAGGGAGAUGAAGCAGCUGGCUCAAAAGCUUGAGGAGGAGGCAAAAGCCUUAGAGGAAGAAGAGAAGUGGAAGGAGGAAGAGAGGCAGAAGGAGGAAGAGAAGCGGAAGAAGGAAAAGAAGGAGAAGGAAGAACCCAAAGCCCAAGGGAAGGAACAACCCAAAUCCCCAGAGAAGGGGGAACUCAAGGACGUAGAGAAGGGGGAGCCCAAAGCCCCUGACAAGCAGGAUACCAAAGCCCCUGGGAUGGGGGAAACCAAAGCCCAUGACAAGGGGGAAGCCGAAAUCCCAGAGUACCCAGCUGAGAUGGAUAAGAACUUGAUCCAGAGGUUUCAAAUCUAUGAGUCAUCGCAGCAGGACCUCACACAGCUUUUCUCCUACGGUGACAAGGUUCAGGGUUCUGUGCAGUUACCCGUGAUCCAAAACAGAAAUACAUCCCUGCCUUCAGCUGAAAACAAAGGUCAGAAGACCUAUAAGUCUCAGGAGAAGGUUGAGAAGAAGCCUGAACAAAAAGGUGGAGGCCAAAGAAGUCUUCAGUCAUCUCAGCUGGAGACACAAAGCGAGGUUGCAGAAGGGACAGUCAGAGAUGAGCAUGUCAGGGUGCGGUGCUUGGACAUCCAGGUCACAAAUCCGAAGGCCAUGAUUAGGGAGAUCCUGAGGGAUGGGAGGCUGCCAACAAAAGAUGAGAUAAAACCUUGCAAGAUGCUGAGACAUCUGGGACUGCAUCCCGAAGGGCCUCCCCUGCCCCCUGCUGCUGUCUUCUCCGUAGUCAACUACCCAGAGGAGCGGUUGGGUUCUGCAGAGUGUGUGAAGCCCUUCACCAUUGUUGCACCAGAAGGUGCUGCUAUGGAAGACAAUCGGGCCAAGGCCCCAGAUGCCAAGGGCAGUUCUGCCGAGGGCCAACCAAAGACACGUAAAGCAGCCAGCAGAGACAACUCUCCAAAGGAGAACCAGAUCUCCACACACAGAACAGAAAGUCCCCAGGAUUCCUCUGCAACCAGAUCCAAAAGUGUGCUGAAAAGAGCCUCAACCCCCACAGAAUUCCACAGGCUGAAACGGUACCGAUGGAUAGUGCCUGACCACGGUGAGGUGGAACUGAAGGUCCACUUCUCCACCAAAAGGCCAGGGAAGUUUGAGCACACACUGAGGUUUGAGCUCGUGGAGACAAAGCGCCAGUACGAGCUGCCCUGCAGUGGCACGGGCGUGUACCCCAGCAUCAGCCAGAACCCGCGGCUGGUGUUUCCACAGUGGAGGGAGACCAUGGAGGCAGAUGAAAUCAUCUUCAAGGAAUAUGUUGAGAGCACAAAGCAAUUCCACUUUGGACCUCUGCUGUGUGGGAAAUCAAGAGAGUGGUACAAGGCCCGGAACUGUCCCGGCAACUCAGAGAAUUUAACCAUCCUCAACAACUCCCCUGUGGAUGCAGAGGUCCAGUUCUCCUUUGAGAAUGAUGGGAAAGCAGAGACAUUCCUUUUGGACCCUCCCAGCAUGACACUCAAACCAAAGGAGAAGCAGGAGCUGACCAUUUGGGCAUACCCCACUUCCCCUGGCUUCCUGGAAGACAAACUCAUCUGCUGCAUUGAGAAGAACCCAGACCCAGUGGUUUUCAGCCUGUGCUGCCAUGGGGUGCAUGUGAUGCUGGAGGUCAGCCCCCUGGAGCUGUCUUUUGACAAGCUGCUUCUGCACAGGACUGACAGCAGGACCUUGGUCCUGAAAAACAACACCCUACUGCCCAUGGCCUGGCAGCUCACUGGGCUGGAUGACCUUGUUGAGGCCUUCUCCUUGUCACAAGAUAACGGCAUCAUUGAUCCCCGCUCAGAGUUUGAAGUGACCCUGAAUUUCAAGGCCGAGCAGAUUGGCAGCAUUAAGAAGACCCUGCGACUAGAGGUUUCAGAUACAUCAAACAUCCUGGGGAUUGUUCAGGCUGAAGACAUUGAGAUCUCUGCAGAGGUCUGUGAUGUUUCUCUGAGUAUCGACAUGCCUGAAGGUCCAGAUGGAAGCUUGGAAUUUGGAACCAUUCAUGUCCUGGAAAAUGUGAAGAAAGUCCUGAGUCUAAAGAACAAAGGGAUGUACAACAUUGAGUACCGUUUUGUGCUGAAGAAUGCAGGUCCCAGGAUGCAAGAUUUGGCAUCCCACUUCACUAUUGAGCCUCAGUCGGGCAUGCUGAUUGCCUCCCAGCCUGGUGUGAAUGUUGAGAUGCUCUUCCACCCCACAAGGGAAAUGGUCGUCAAGAACAAACCCAUCCUGUACUGCCAGGUGACAGAUGCCAGCUCAGGGGAAGGAAGCCAGACUGUUGCCACCAUCCCAGUGAGGGUGACAGCGAAAGCUGUGUACAGCAAGUACAGUAUUGAGCCUGCCUCACCCAUCAACUUUGGGGCCAUGCUCAAGGGCACCAAGAAGACCCAGACUGUCGUGCUGGAGAACAAAGGCAUGCUCAACUUCAAAUUCCACAUCCUCCAAGCACCCGAGGAUGCAUCUGCAUUGGAAAGCAAAAGCUCAAAGCAAGAGGAAUCCGCUCCACCAGCGACAAAGCUGAAAUCAAGCUCCUUGACACAGGGUUACCUCAGGCUUGGCAUGUUCACGGUGUCCCCCUGCUCCGGCUCUGUCGCUCCAUGGGGCCAGCAGAAGAUCACAGUGGAAUGCCUCGCAGGGCAGGAGGGGACAUGUGAGGAGCAGCUCUACAUUGACAUCAUGGGCAGAGACCCCAAGGACAAUCCCGUGGGCAUUCCCUUUACCCUGAUUGCCGAAUCCUGCCUCCCAGCACUUGUUGAGGAUGUCAUGUUAACCUUUGAGGAGUACCCGAUCUGCAGCAGCACCAACCUCAGCUGCAAGCUGCGGUCAGUGAAAGGCACGGGUCUGUUUGUCAGAGAAGAGAACAAAUUUGUCUUCACCAAGGUUCUGGUUGGGCAAGAGGCUGAAGCUCAUUUCAGUGUCUACAAUACAAGUGGUCUGCCAUGUGACGUGGUCCUCUCCAACAAACCCCUGCCUGGAAAGGAAAAAAGCCCUAUCAAUAACAUUUUCAAGUUGUAUCCUGACAUGAUGUCCAUUCCUGGCUCAUCCAAUGCCGUUGCUACGGUGACCUUCACCCCACCAGAGAAGCAGAACUACAGCUGUACUUUCAAGGCUUCCCUUGUCAUCCCAAAAAGCUCUGUGCAAAUUAAGCCCCAAACCCUGACCUUCACCAUCAGUGGGAAGGGGCAUGAGCCACAGGUGACAGUCGUGUGCCCAAGUGCUCGCAGCAAGAGGGGAAAUGCUGUGCUGCGCUUCAAGAGACUCCGGGUGGGGGAUUCAGAGAUGCUCCCCCUGGUCAUCCGUAACAAUGGCAUCGUACCUGUCAAGUUUAUGUUACACCUGGAGGAUGAGCACGGAGCGUUCUUCUUGAAAGGCAGGGGCUCCACACUCGAGAGAUUCUACACUGAAGAUGUGGAAGAGGACUGCGUUGGAAAUGAGAGCAAGCCCCCAGAGAAGCCUUUCUUCUUUCUGCAUCAUGGGCAAUCGACAAAUAUUGACGUCAUUUUCAAACCCACCCUGACUCAACAUCUGGAAGGGAAGAUUUGUGUGUUACUGGAAGACAUCUACUCUAAGAAGACCCUAAUAGAGCUGGUGGGUGAAGGCCACAAGGAUGAAUUCACCCUUGAUGGACUAGAGGAAGACACAGAUGAGAGGAGAGCUAAGCGCAGUCUGAAGAAAGACAUUAUUGAUGCUGUCAGAUUGAAUCACAUCCAGUUUGGGGACUGUCCUGUCGGGAGGCCCUACCGCAGGACCUUCACCAUCACCAACCAUACCAGUAUGAAGGUCAUGCGCUUUGAGUGGGAGGCAGACGCCGCAUUCCAGUUCUCCCCCAAGAUGGGACACCUCCAUCCUGGCUAUGCCAAGGACAUCACAGUCACCUUGAAAUCAGAUGUCCCAGCCACCUUCAGGAGGCACCCUGUGAAAUGUAAGGUGAUCAAGACCAACUCUGAGCUACCACAAAGGAUGGUUCAGGAUUGGGAGGACCGAAUGUCCAUUGUCACAAUGGAGGAUGCCACCAGGAAGGACAUGUCAGCCAGCUGGCCUGAGAAAGAGAAGAUGGUCCAGACAGCCCCAGAACCAGAACCGGCACCGGCUUACACUGUGGAUGAGAGCAUCCAGGAGGCCAAGGUGUACCUCAGUGCUGUUGUUGGCUACACCGAGUUCAAACGGAACCUGAUAGUGGUUCAGCUCAAGGAUACCUUGCCCAACCAGACAAGGAAAGACAUUUUCAGGAUACACAACACAGGAAAUAUAGCCCUGGAAUACAGCUGGAUGGAAGCUGCGGAUAGUAAAGCAGUGAAGAAACCAUACUCAACCACUCUGAUGCAUGACAUCAAAGACCUGCCACUGUUCUACAUCAACCCCUGCCACGGCAUCAUCCCUCCUGGCCAAAAGCAGAUCUUUCACAUGCUGUUCUCCCCAAAGCACGCGGGGAAGUUUAGGACCACCAUACUCUUCAGGACUCAUAAGCUGAAGCCGGCUCUGAAGAAGGUAGAGGUGAUUGUGAAAGGCAGAGCCCAGGAGCAGGAGAGUCUUGAUAAACCAAAACGCUCUGCGUUACGGCAGACAGACAAAGGCCAAGGACCCAAGAAGCAGGUGCACUGGAAACUAACACCUGAGUGA